CGUCGCCAUGUUUGUUGUGGGCACCGGGGCUGGAGCCCGGGCAGCGGCAUGGUUGUGGGCCUGGUCCCCGCCCGUAGACCUCCCGUAGCCCGGAGUCGCGGGCCACAGCCGCUCCUGCAUCCUCACCGGACCGCACAGUCGCAGCGCACGAGAUCCCGCCCGACUGGGUGUAUUGGCAGAGCGCACGGUGACCUCACAUGGCUACGUCAUGGGAACGUGCCUUGACCUCAUGGGGCUGCAGGCGACGGGGCGGUGCCCUCACGUGCGGUGCCCUGGGGGCUCGUUUGAACGGGCAUGGUGCCGCGUCCUCGUGACUGCGAGGCCGAGAGCGGGCCGGGAGCCGCGCGGUCCUGGCUCUGGGUGGAUCCUCUUGAUUUAAGGACGGUCCCUGACUGAUGCUGCAGCCUAGGACACGUCAAAUCAGCAGAGCACCACCAAGCCUGCAGACCGCGAGGCAGGCUCCAAAAUCACAUGAUUCACUUUAAAAAUCAAGGGAUUUUGAAAAAAAAGUACAUUUGGGGCCAGUUCCUGCCCCUUCUGGAGUCUGAUUUCUUCAGGGCCUUUCUCAUUCUUUUCUCUGCAAAGCCUAGAUCAGACAUUAAAAAAAAUAAAAGCAAAUACAGAACAGCUCACAUAAUCAAACUGCUCCAUGAACUGGGGCUUUAGAGCAACAGUCAAUAUCAUGAGACUCGUGACCUGAUCAUGGGAGUUUGCAACACUGUAAAGACACAUCCUUCUCCGUUGCAGCAGGCACCGCGCUGGGGAACACGCACGCUAUAGAAAAGAAGGGCUUUGCACCAGGAAUGAAACACUACUGAGAGGUCCUGACAGCCAGACAGGAUGGGGUCCUUUACUUCUGUGACUCAUUGAUGGGGAUCAUAGGCAGACAAAGCUCUUUGGGUUAAUCCAAUAUCUCUUAUUAGACCAAUUCAAAUGGUUGGAAAAUUCUUAGCAAGCUUUUGGGCACAAACACCCUUUGUCAGGCUGAGGAAACAUCAGCAGAUGAUCUGUGGUCUUCCUGGAUGGAGUGGUAAAGCAGCCAGAGGCCAGUACAUUUGCAAGGGUGUCCAGUAUAGCUGUGUUGGUGUAAGGACAUACAUAGGCAGACGAGGCUCUUCGGGUGAAUAUGAUACCUUUUAUUAGACCAACUUAAAUAGUUGGAAAAAAAUAUUUCCCAUAUGCAAGAAGGUACAUAUGCAAGAAAGCCAGUCAGUUAAAAUGUAAAUUGAGGUGGUCGGUGUGAGCGACAGAUAGGAGGGAAGGGGGAAUGAGACAUGAGAGACAUGAGGGUGGAGGGAAGGGAAUGAGAAUAGCUGGUAAAAAGUGGAGGAUUUACCUAGGGAUCGUUGUAUUUGAUCUGCAGGACAUGGGAUAUAGCUGUAAGAAACUAGAUUCUUCACCAAGCUCAGUUGCAUAACAUCCAGGGAUCAUUAUCAAAAGGAGGGGGAAUCCUUAGCUGUGAACACCUUCCUUGUACAGAGGCAAGAAUUGGUGCAGGUGAUAUUUUUUAUUGAGCCAACUGUGGUUGUCACAGUACUGUUCCUUAGGUCUCUGGGAGAGAAAGUCAUAGCAGAGCUAAUAGCAAAUGCAGCAGUAAUUUUAUUAGUGUCAUAUUGCAGUGAAGAGAGCAGUAACAAAUUAUCAGAUGCACUCGACUCGCAAGCCACAGAUUCCCUGCAGGAUGAAGCGCUACAUGCAUUUCAGCAGAUUGAAGCAGAAAAGACUCCAGGAGACAGCAGGCUGCUGCAGCCCAGAGACAAGCCCCAAGCAAGGGAAGGAGUCACUGAGUGGGAGAAAAAAAAAGAGAAAGAAGAGGGAAAGUAGGACAGAAAGCACCUGGAAGGUUGGCUCAACUCCAGCACUAGCAGAGAUGGCUCACAGGAACAAGGACACUCCAUCCAAGUUCAGAUGCUCCAAGAAGAAGCCUGCUGAGGAGCCUGUGGUUACAGGCCCCAACAUGGACUCUCUGGGCUUCCAGGCUAUGGACAGCAACAUUCCUGGUCUGUCACAGGUCAUCCUGAGAAAGCUUAACAUGAAAAGCUAUGACGAAUACAAGUCAGCCAUGGACGGGAAGAAAGGGAGUGCAGAUUUUGGAAUCCGAACAUAUUUUGACAUGUUUAAAAAAAUGGAGGACACCUUCAAAUUCUGUGUGGAGUGCAAGAAACUCCCUGAUGCUCUUCCUGACUCCAAAAACCUCCGUCGAUGCAAGAGGUGCCAGAAUGUGUACUACUGCAGCCCUGAGUGCCAGCGGGCCAACUGGCCUGUGCACAAAAAGUUCUGCAAAAAGCUCAAGUUGGUAGCCCUUGACCGGCUGGUGGAGUGGCUCAUCUUCACAGGUGAUAUUCCUUUCCACACGGAGACCUGGACUAAGCGCAUCCAGGAAGUAAAAGGCUGGGAAGACUGGUUUGCCAUGCAGGAGCACCUGGAUGAAAAGCUGGGUGCUAUACUAACCGGGCGUUACAUGACCAUCCUCUGGGCCAAUGCUGGGAAGCCAAAGCCAGAGGAGGGAGAGUUGCUGGAGUCCAUCAAGCGGCUGACCUCAGAUUUCCAGUCCCGGCCAAUCACCAUCGGCUUGGGGCUCCAUGCUUUCAGUAUUGACCCCUACGCCAAGCCCAUCACUGUGCACGUGGCUGGGGCUUCCCACAUCGAGACCCUCAACACCCGGGUGAUAGAUUAUGAUGAGCUGACACGGAUAUUUCCUGGGCACCAGGGCAUCGAGGUGGUAAUGGUUGGAGUGGAUGUAGUUGAUGGAUCCAUCAUGAGACCUCCACUGACAGCCUUUGGACCCAGGGGUAGAGUUUACCUCAGCAGCUAUAAAGGCCUCUAUCAUGACUUUUGGGAAUCCCAAGUAGAAACUCAGCAGGCUGCACACCCGGACCUUGUGGUGGGCUUUCAUCCAGGGUUCCACGCCUGCCAGGACCUGAUGGAAGGCUGGCUCCCCACCCUGCUGCUGCUGCGGGACUACAAGAUCCCCACCCUCUUCACCGUUUACAAUGAGCAAGAACUGAAGUCCUCCCUGAAGAUCCUGAUGGAGCUGGAGACCAACAUCACAGGCUGUGGAGCCAACCCCUUUGCCUCCCUCAAACCCGAGCAGGUCUAUUCCAGCCCCAACAAGCCGCCUGUCUACUGCAGCUCCCACUACAUCAUGUUCCAUGGGCUGUCCAGUCCCCCGUAUGAGCCUGAUAUCAGGGAGCUGGAAGAGGAAGAGGACAAAGGGGAGUAGAGAAGAAAUGCUCACACCUGCUUGGUAUCAAGUAAACCAGGCACUUCACUGCCCCUAGACAGACCCUGAUAUGCCACCUCCAACCCCUGCCUCCAUUCCUCUGGCUUGGCUGCAUUCAGGGCCAGUGCUCCCCUCUCAGCUUGGGCAGCAACCCCAACAGGUAGCAGCUCUUCAUGGGGUCUAGGGAGGGGAACCUGGCUGUGCUGGCUGCUUUUAUAGCUGCCUCCUUCAGCAAUACAGAGGUCUCUGAGGGACACUGGAGAGAGCAAGCUCUCUUGGCUAUGCCUCAGAGCUGACCUCCACCCCAAACCAGCACAAUGAACAAUGGGAGAGAGAGAAACCAAGCACUUGCCUGAGCAGGGCUGCAAGCAUUUAGCAAGCACUGCAGAGUCUGUUGCAGUACCUGUGCUGGCUCAGCCCACUCUCACCUUGGGGUGGGGGCUGCCCAUUAUCAGUGCAGUGCUGUCACAGCCAUUUGCAGCAUAUGUGGUAGCAGAGAUGUGAGAAGUGGUGUUCACAGAAAAGGCCCUGCCUGCUACUGCUCACUUACCACAGCUCAGCAACAUACUUGUCAAGGGCACUUCCCAUCAGUGACCUGUCUGCUGGGAGCUGAAGUGUGGAGAGCAGCCCUCCUGUUCUUUCCUACAGGCUCUCACUUAACUACCUUUGCUAAGAGCCUAAACACUGUCCCCUCUGACUGAAUGGCAGGGGGCAGCAGUUUUCCUGUAUUCCUGGUUUUUGGGACAAAAACAUAGCCAUAGCUAUCAGCUCUCCAGCGCUUGCCCUAUCUAGCUCAGAGCUAGCUAAGUGAGGUGGAAACAUUUGUCCCAGCUCACCUGGGGUUAUGAGGAGGGUUUUCCAUUCAGCAGACCUCUGCAACCAGGCUCUCACCCCCAGUAGCUAGAGACAGGACAUCUGUCCCAGACCUAGUGCCUCUAGGUCUGCGGUUCCCAAACUCUGACAGAUUGUGCACCACCAAUUUAAAUGAUACAACCUUAAGUCCCACCAGCAAUUUUUCAAUUCAACCUGAAGUACCACCAGCAAAUUUUUGUCAUAUAAUUAUAAUAAAUCUGCUAAUGCAUACCACAGAUUGGGAAUGGCUGCUCUAGGUUAUGGACUGUGAUCCUCUUGGCAAACCAAGCCAAGCCCUGUUAGUAUUUAAUCACCUGUUUGAGGUGCCAGAGGAGACCUGGCUGGGAGAGGCUGGCUGCAAGGGAACAAGCAAUGCCUGGUGGAGACACACCGCUUCCUGUGUCUGCCUAGGGGAUAUCGGGAAGGAGGAACGCUCCCUCCAGUGUACUGACUCCUGGGUACUGAGUUCAUCUGGAAGAAGCUGGAGGGGGC